AAACUUUUGUAAAUUGUUGUUAUUACUUUAAAUCGUGUUGGUUAUAGCGAAUUAAGUAUUUGAUUACUUUUAUCAAUGGGAUUGUGUUCUUUUGAGGGCAACGGUUUAUUAUUAUUUUUUAAAUAAUCAUCAUUAACGUAAAAGUUUCAUAUACUACAUUUUUGGUGCCCAUAAAUCUGUCAUGAUGCCGACACAACUUGUGAAUCAGGAUAACCAUGUAAAUGAUGUACGAGUGAAAACUGUCUACAAUGGAGAUGUGAUGAUCACAUACAUCAACCAUAACAUAACCUUUGAGGAGUUUACACAUGAGAUGGUGGCUACUUGCCGUUUUGCUCCAGAUCAGGUGUUUACAAUGAAAUGGGUGGAUGAAGAAGGUGAUCCCUGCACAAUAUCAACACAGCUAGAGCUGGAUGAGUCACUGAGGCUGUACGAGUUGAACCGAGACUCCGAACUCACUGUACAUGUGUUCCCGAACGUGCCGGCGGCGCCGGGCAUGCCCUGCGCUGGUGAAGACAGGAGCAUAUACAGGAGAGGAGCACGGCGGUGGCGUAAACUGUACCGCGUCAAUGGACACAUCUUUCAAGCUAAAAGAUUUAAUAGACGCGCUUUCUGUGCCUUCUGCCAAGACCGCAUCUGGGGCCUCGGAAGACAGGGCUUCAAAUGCAUCCAGUGUAAGCUGCUCGUUCACAAGAAGUGUCACAAGCUCGUGCAGAAGCCGUGCUCGAAUGAGCAUGUCGAUCCCAUUGAGGUCAAAGACGACGCGAACGGAGAGGCCACUUUGGGCCGGGCUUCUUCUGUCAGGUCUCGUGCGGAGGAACAGCCCCCUCUGCCGGAGACGCCGCCGGCGCCGGCGCCCCCCGCCCGCCCCGAGGAGCUGGAGCCGGGCUCGCAGCGGCAGUACUCGCUCGACGACUUUGAGCUCAUCAGGGUCAUCGGACGUGGCUCUUAUGCCAAGGUGCUGAUGGUAGAAUUAAAACGCACGAAGCGCAUAUACGCUAUGAAGGUGAUAAAGAAGGCGCUCGUCACCGACGACGAGGACAUCGACUGGGUUCAGACUGAGAAACACGUGUUCGAGACCGCCUCGAACCACCCAUUCCUGGUCGGCCUGCACUCCUGCUUCCAAACACCGAGCAGAUUGUUCUUCGUGAUCGAGUUCGUCAGGGGAGGGGAUCUGAUGUUCCACAUGCAGCGUCAGCGGCGGCUGCCGGAGGAGCACGCGCGGUUCUACGCGGCCGAGAUCUCGCUGGCGCUGCACUUCCUGCACGAGCGCGGCGUCAUCUACCGCGACCUCAAGCUGGACAACGUGCUGCUCGACCACGAGGGACACAUCAAGCUCACCGAUUACGGAAUGUGCAAGGAGGGAGUGCGUCCGGGCGACACGACCUCUACGUUCUGCGGCACUCCCAACUACAUCGCGCCGGAGAUCCUCCGCGGCGAGGAGUACGGCUUCUCCGUGGACUGGUGGGCGCUCGGGGUCCUCACGUACGAGAUGUUGGCUGGCAGAUCGCCCUUCGACAUCGCCCAAGCUGCUGACAACCCCGACCAGAAUACAGAAGACUAUCUCUUCCAGGUGAUAUUGGAGAAGACGAUCCGUAUCCCGCGCUCGCUGUCCGUGAAGGCGGCCUCGGUGCUGAAGGGCUUCCUCAACAAGAACCCGGUGGAGCGGCUCGGCUGCGGCGAGAACGGCUUCCUCGACAUCGUCAACCAUCCCUUCUUCAAGAGCAUCGAGUGGGAGAUGUUGGAGCAGAAACAAGUGGUGCCUCCGUUCAAGCCCCGUCUGGAAGGCGAACGGGACCUCGCCAACUUCCCGCCGGAGUUCACUGACGAGCCCGUGCAUCUCACGCCCGAUAACGAGAGCGUGAUCGCCGACAUCGACCAGUCGGAGUUCGAAGGGUUCGAGUACGUGAACCCGCUGCUGAUGUCCCUGGAGGACUGCGUGUGACAGCACGCCUGCCUGCUGCACCCGUACCACGAGCCCGGGACGGGCUACGGGUACGGCGCGGAGUCGUCGUCGUCGGACUACGACUCGGUGUGCUCGGAGGCGCCGGCGCGCCGCCCCACGCUGCUGCAGCACAUGUUCUGCUUGCCGCUCAACUGACGCAAGCCUCGCCCCCCGCCCCCCGCCCGCGCUCCUCACUAACACCCACUCAACUAACUCCAAUGUUAUUCCGAAUGUUGAUUGAUCGACCUUCACCCGGCUAACUCUUUUAAUUCCAUAUUGCAUAUACCGCGAUUCGAGUUUUUGCACUUAAUUAUGUUUUCUUCUUUGCUUCUCGCAGUUUUAUUUGUUGAGCAGUUAUUUAAAAACUCAUUAACAUAACCCAAAUGUUAAUCGUUCGUAAAAUCAAUAUUACAGACCCCUUACGGACUUACAUUUUAUAUAAAAAUCUUUACACAAAUGAAUACAAAUUAUGCUCUUUAACUUAAAUACCAAGAUAGAAGUUCAACUGCAUAGUGAUGUAAAAUAAUAUAUAUACAAAUAUAAUGAUAGUGUUUCUCAUAAACUUUUAGCCCUAAUGAAAUUCAAAAUGGCGAGAGCGAGCGAAAUGGCGCUAUGUCGUAUUUACAAUUUUAGAUUAUAAAAUAGUAUAAUAUCCCUCGUUACAACUAAUAUUAAAUUUAAGAUUCUACCACCGGUUCUCUCGUACUAACGGAAGUUGUAAACAUUACGGUGCUCAAGAAUUAACUAUCACUCUAUAAUUGUAGGGAGCGAACACUUACACAUAAUCGAUUCUCAAUCGAUACGUAGCUUCGUGUACAUAAUUUUGAUCGUUUAUGUAUAACACAACUUAUUUUUAAACUUGUAGUAUAUCUAUCUAAUAGAUCUUCGUGUAAAAAGUGGAUAAAUUGUCAAAGGCUUGUUAUUUCGCUCUUCCAAAAUUAUCGAUACAGAUAAUCGAUUUUAAUAUUAAUUAGCUUAUAAUAUUAGUGAAAAAAAAA